AAAAUUGACGCGGAUUCGAUAAAACCAAUAAAACUCGUCCAAUCUUUCUUAUCUGUUUCCUAACAUUGUUCUGAAUGACAGUUCCAUCGACAAGAUUGUGUACGGUAUUCAUAAUCGCCGGUUGAACAAUAAUCAUUUUACACAAAAUGAGUGAAAUUAAGACGAUAAACGAACUUCCAUACGAAAUUCUUAUCAAAAUUUUGAAAUAUCUAAGUUGGCCGGACACUGGGAAUGCAGCUUCGACUUGUAAAUUAUGGAAAGAACUUACAGAUGAUUCAUGUUUGUGGUGUGUGUCAUUGAACUAUCUAGUACACCCAGACCCAGCUAAAUUACGCUUUUUACGAAGAACAAAUCGCAAAUUUCACACAAUCAAAGUACGUGGAGUUUUACGUACUUUGGAGGACUUCCAAUUAAUCAAGCUAUUAGGACAUGCAGUGGUCAAACUGAUUUGGAUUGGCAACUAUGAAGCGGAUGUCCGGAAAUUUGGCGACUUGUUGCAUUGUAUGCCAAACUUACAGCACAUUUCAUUGUUUGGUGGUAUUUUUGAACAUUACAACGACGAUCCGCCGCACAUGCGCAAAUUGAAAAGCUUGGAAGUGAGCAAUUGUGUAGGCAGAAUUCUAGAACUGUUUCAAAGAGCCAAGCUGGAAAAGUUUAAGCUUCAUUUACAAUGCGAAACACCUAUGGGUUUGAGGGAAUUUCUCUCGUCUCAACCAGAUAUUGGCACAACAUUGAUUGUUGAGCAUAUUGGCACGGGAGUAUCAAGACGAUUUUCGUUAAAGGAUUUGAGUGAAUUGAAUUUUAGGCUCAGCAAUUUGUCGCUGACCAGUGACAGAUGGGUAGAUGACUCUAAUGGAAUACUCCGACUAUUGAAAGCUAAUGCGGAAACACUGAUUGAAUUGGAAUUAAGUGGCCAUUUGAAGGACUUCAUUUACGAAUUCCUAUUUUCGCAGCUAAAGAGAUUGAAGUCACUCAAGAUGAGCGUUUCAAAUGCACCGAAAGACAUAAGGUUCUACGAAAGGCUUGAUAUAAGCCACCUGAACAGCUUAACAUUAAUCGAGCCUCCUGUGCACUGUGAACAUUUCUUCAUGCGACUUCCGGAUAUUACAAACUUGACGCUACUGAGUUGUAGAAAACAUUUCUUGAGAUCAAUUUCCGACAAACUAAGCGAACUGACAACACUUUCUCUCGAUUCGGGCAAUCAACUGGCAACCGAUCGGAUUUUAAUUCCAAGUAUCAAAACUCUACACAUACGCACCCUCAGUCACAACAUCGACUGGGAUGGCUUCACGAAAGUCAACGAUCAGCUAACUGAACUUAUCAUCGACAACGUUGAAAGGAAAGAAUUCCUGAAUGUUCUGGACAUUCUGGACAUUACGAACAACACAAAUUUGAGAGUACUCAGUAUCGGAAAGUGUUUUACCCCUAGUGAUAGUAUGUUGAGGUUCAUUCGGAGUAAUUGUCCGUUGUUGAGAGUUUUAAUUUUGGGCUCGGAAAAUUUUAGUUGAUGUGUUGAGUGAUUCGUAGCAAUGAAAACUUAUUCUUAUAAAUUUAAAAAAAAAAUGUUUCCGCUGUACGGCGUUAUCGAAAAAUAAAUGGCUGUCCCCGAUC